CGUGUCAAAAGUCGACAGCUGUCGCCCCAGCUCUCCACAUCCCCAGUUUCUCUUCCCAACUACACCUCUAGAAUUCUCCAAAAUGAGCGUACGCACCGUCGAGAUCAAGCCAUACACUGACCAGAAACCUGGAACCUCGGGUCUUCGUAAGAAGGUCAAGGUCUUCCAACAGGAUCACUACUCAGAGGCCUUCGUGGCCAGCAUCCUGCUGUCGAUUCCUGAGGGCGUCGAUGGCUCAUUCCUCGUCAUCGGUGGUGACGGACGUUUCUGGAACCCAGAAGUCACACAAGUGAUCGCCAAGAUCGGUGCGGCAUACGGCGUGAAGAAGCUCCUUAUCGGCCAGAAUGGCAUUCUCAGCACUCCAGCUGCCAGCCAUGUCAUCAGGAUCAGGAAGGCGACAGGAGGUAUCCUCUUGACCGCCAGUCACAACCCCGGAGGUCCCACCGAAGACUUCGGUAUCAAGUACAACCUCGCAAACGGCGCCCCAGCUCCCGAGAGCGUUACGAACAAGAUCUACGAAACCUCGAAGACCCUCACUUCGUACAAGAUCGCAGAUAUUCCUGACGUCGACCUUGCCACCAUUGGUACACAAAAGGUUGGUGAUCUCGAGGUUGAGAUCAUUCAUUCCACGACCGACUACCUCGACAUGCUGAAAGACAUCUUCGACUUUGACCUCAUCAAGUCAUUCAUCAAGCAGCACCCAGAUUUCAAGGUGCUCUUCGAUGGUUUGAGCGGUGUUACCGGAUCGUACGGUGUGGAUAUCUUCGAGAAAGAGCUGGGAAUCCCAAACAGCACACAGAACUGCGUUCCCCUGCCAGACUUCGGUGGCCACCACCCAGAUCCUAACCUUGUCUACGCCAAGUCUCUCGUCGAUGCUGUUGAUAAGAACGGUAUCCAGUUCGGUGCUGCAAGUGACGGCGAUGGUGACCGCAACAUGAUCUACGGCGCCAAGUCUUUCGUCUCCCCAGGCGACAGCUUGGCCAUCAUUGCUCAUCACGCCGAGCUUAUCCCUUACUUCAAAAAGCAGGGUAUCUACGGUCUCGCACGAAGCAUGCCUACGUCAGGGGCUAUCGACCUAGUUGCCAAGAAGAAGGGCGUCGAGUGCUACGAGGUGCCAACUGGCUGGAAAUUCUUCUGUGGUCUCUUUGACUCGGACAAGAUGAACAUCUGCGGUGAGGAGAGUUUCGGCACAGGUAGCAACCAUAUCCGCGAGAAGGAUGGCCUGUGGGCUGUCGUUGCCUGGCUCAACAUUCUUGCUGGCGUUGGACAGCAGACCGGUACCACCCCCAGCAUCGCCUCGGUUCAGAAAGAUUUCUGGAAGACAUACGGACGCACAUUUUUCACCCGUUAUGACUAUGAGGGCUGUGAGACUGAAGGUGCCAACAAGGUUACAGCUCACAUGACGGAGCUGAUCACCACCAAGAAGGAUGAGUUCGUCGGCUCUACCAUCUCGGGCCGCAAGGUCAUUGAGGCCGAUGACUUCUCGUACACAGACCUCGAUGGCAGCGUUAGCAAGAACCAGGGUAUCUAUGUCAAGUUCGAUGAUGGUAGCCGCAUUGUUGUCCGUCUGUCGGGAACUGGCAGCAGCGGUGCUACUAUCCGUCUAUACGUUGAGAAGCACACCAGUGACGAGUCUACAUACGACUUGGACGCCCAGGAAUAUCUCAAGGACCCAGUGCAACUGGCGACGGAUCUUCUCAAGUUGCAGGAGUACAUUGGCCGUACUGAGCCUGAUGUCAAGACAUAGGCAUAGUCACGGACUGGGUGUGAGAAACGAUGAAUGAUGUUUACAGCAGAGUGGGAGGAGAAAAGUAGUCGAGUAGCCUUAUUAGCUUCA